GGUUUUCUUUAACGCGAGCGGACAGUUUCUGUCGGUUCUUCGCGUUGUACGUUUCGGGACGUUAUUUCGUAUUCGCGAACAAUUUAUAGCCUACCUUUACGAAAGAACAUUUUUUCCAAUGGUGGUUGUUGUUGUAUGUAUCGUAUCUGUAAAAAAAAAGGUAUAUUUUUAGGGAAAGUAUUUUUAAUUCUCGGAUUGAAAACUUGCUACUAUAUUCCUUACGCGUAGAAAGACGAGUAGAAGAAGGUAAAAUAACGGUGACGUAUUUCUGUGUUCUGAUUGACGGAUUUUCUGAUCGCAUUGGUUACCUUUUACAUCAAAAUGUGGUAAUUAGAAAGGGAGAUGUUAUAAACGCAAGCAUAUCGUUUCUGCCGUUUUGAGUCCUGAAAUCUCUUCUUUCGCAUUUUAUACAUUAAAAUCAUAAUUAUUUUGUUUCCAUGGAACAGUGCGGUGUCUUUCGUCAAGAGACGCCGCGAGUUUCUACUUCCCUGUGCUAUUUUGAAGAUAAUUUAUUCCGACGCAGAACCAUUCCAUAGAUUCCCCUUAACGUAUAACAAAAGUUAGAUUAAGAGAAACUAUGAAACUUCGAUUAAUAUGACUGUAGAAAUGGACGAAGUAUUUAAUUAUACAGACAGAACUUGAACGCGACAGACUUGCAAUUAUUCAUUCAUUGCAAUUCGUAAAAGUGUUUGCACAUCCUAUAAAACAAAUUCUCAUUUAUUAUAUUUAUUUAUCAAAGCACAAAGUAACGCAUGCUAAUUAUCUUUUACGGCAAAACGUGAUAUUACAUGAAAACAUUUAAACAGAUCUGCCGAGUUUUGUGCAGCCGAUCGGUAAUGUGACAGCGGCUAUUGGUAAAGAAGCCGUUCUACCGUGCACGAUCCGGAAACUAGGAAAUCACAAGGUGGGAUGGAUUCGUGUGGAGGAUAAAACGAUAUUGUCGAUGGGUCAACGAACGGUGACUCACUCGCCCCGAUUUCUCGUCACGCUGGAGAACGCAAAGUCGAAGAAUCAAAGCCAAUCGAGAGACGAGGAGGAAGCCACUUCGCGGCUUCAUAUUCGCCAGCUUCGGGAAGCUGACCGAGGCUGCUACAUGUGCCAACUGAAUACGAAGCCCAUGUUGAGCCAGCUGGGAUGCGUGGAUGUCCUAGUACCGCCGGAUAUACUUAGCACCGGCACAUCGGAGGGCGAGGUCUCCGUUCUAGAGGGUGAGAACGCCACCCUCUCGUGCAAGGCCUCCGGAAGACCGACACCUCGUGUGCUCUGGCGACGCGAGAAAAGUGGUUUCAUACUUAUGAGGGGUCUUCACGAUCCGCUGAUACCAGUGGACAACCAGUCCGGUGAGAAGCUGGAAUUAACCAGGGUAGACAGGAGGCAAAUGGGAGCUUAUCUUUGUAUAGCCAAAAACGAAGUGCCCCCGGCAGUCAGCAAGAGAGUCUAUCUGAGGGUAAACUUUCCACCUAGCGCCAAGGUUCCCAAUCAAUUAUUGAGUUCGCCUUUGGACACGGACGUAUCGUUGAUCUGCUUGAUCGAGGCAUAUCCAAAGACCAUUAACUUGUGGACUAGAAAGGAGCAAGUUAUUAUGAGCGGUGGUAGAUACGAGAUCGACGAAAGGGGACAUCCGGACGAGGAAUGGAAGACAACGAGCGAGCUGAAGAUAAGACGUUUAGAGAAAACGGAUUUAGGAGAGUACACGUGUUCAGCGUCCUCAAGCAUGGGCAAAGCCGAGGCUACCCUUAGGGUGUACGAAAUUGAACGAGCAACUCCACCCACCCGGACUACCUUGGCAAACUCGAACAAAUCGAGCAAUCGAGGGAAAUCAAAGUUCGCUCAGGUCACGACGAUAAAUCGAAUUUUUCAUCAGAUGAGCACACCGGCGAUGCAGAAGAGUACCGCGAGAAUCGUUUACAGCAAGCACAUGACGACCUCGACGACGGUGGAUCCACGGGCGCCUUUCAUCAAAGACAAGAACUUGUUUAAGAAUCGCGACACCCCGAACGUGAGAAAUUGUGCCAACGCGAAGAAACUCAGCGGCACGCGGAUCUACGCGGUCUGUUUGCUGUUCUUCCUGACCCUGCGGUAAACGUUCGCACACGCGGCGAAAGCUCUGUUAACGGAUUGAGCGAGCGAAAAGCUACUGCAAGUUGUUCGCUCGCGGUUCACGCGUGAUGGCGCGCAAGGGAAACGAACGAACGAACGAAUCGGAAAUCUUGCGGCUAGACAAACACCGUGAUCCGACCACCAUAUCUCCGAACAAACGAUAGAGAGAAGAAAUCGUGACACCCAAGUAUUAAUCGAACAGAAGCAAGUUCUUAUUGCGUUUGAAACGAGCACGAAUUGCUAGUAAAUAGACGAUACAGCGAACAAAUCGAUCUCUCUCUUGUCGCGGACAAACACCGCGCUGAAUACUGUUGCGAAUUUUAAAAGAUAAAUGCUUACGAAUGUAUUUUUUAUGACCCUUUUAUCCGUUUUGGAAUGCGGGGAAAAGAGUAAAGUCGUGAGCGAAGUGUGUUCUUUAGUUGAACUAAAUGUAACAUUGUCGAGUAUUUUUUUAACAACGAACGAAGCAAAAGGAAUACAAGGUUUCCCAUUGGAAUUAUUAUUUCCGAUUUGUGGAGUUAUUAGGAGUAACGAUGUAAUUUUUAUAACGUUAGCGUCGAAAGCCUUACACAAGCAGGGUGUCUAUCUCAAGUGGGCCACCAGUGUCAUUCACGAGAUCAUCGUUCGACAAAAUACGACUAAAAAUUGAUGCUUUCAAUCGAUUACCCACACUUCGAAAUUAUUUCAACAAUGGCAUUGGCGAUCCAAUUAAAAUGAACAUCCCUUAUGAUAUCCUUACGCCGUAAUUAUUAUUAUCAAAGAUUAAUUGUAUCUCCACGUUCUGCGAGAUUCGCCGUUUGUCGUGAAUCACCGCUCCUUAAUCAACUAUUCGAUUAUACUCGAACACAGACAAGACAAAUAAUUAGCAUACUAAUUUGUACGUAAGGGGUAAUAAGAUAAUAUCUUUAUUUAUCGGUACGAUAACAGAGUGAACUGAGAUCGUAAGUGGCAUCUUAACGAACGUUAAACACGUCAUAUCUAAGAUUCAUAUCCGUAGGGCGUAUAGUACCGUACUAUAUAUUUUAGAAAGAUACUAGACCUUACUUUUCUUAUUUUACGUAUUUUUUUAAUUACCCGUAGGCAAGUAACGUACCUCAUAUGCCAACGAUUAAACAAGACCACAAUUAUAAAUAUAAUCGAUGUGGUUAACUGCGAGGAAUCAACUGACGCGAUCAUCGAAUACAUUUCCGAACGUUCUACGUUAUCUAUCGGAUAACGAUUAUUCGUUGUAUUAUUUAACGUCUCUUCGUUUUCUUUCCGUUUCUUUCCUUUCCUUUCCUUUCCUUCCCUUUUCCUUUCUUUUAUGCAAACGUGUAUAUAAACGAACAACGCAGUCUCUCUUUAGCGUAACGAUCGUUUGCGAUAAUAUCGAAGAAAUACUUUUCUUUCAAGGAAUCGACAAUAAUCGUUCCUAAUAAGUUGUAUGUGCUUUGCAUCAUUUUUUUUUAAACGUUCCUCGCAAAACCGCAAAUCAUAUGUUACUCUGUAAUUACAAUCUGUGUACGAAAUGGUGCGACUAGAAAAGCUCGAUGUUCUUUAGCGCAUAAAAUUUUCAAACCGAGAGUGUCGGAGCUUUCUUCUGGUACUAUUACUGUCAUGAAUGUCUUCUAUUACAGAGUACAAAUUUUAGUCACGAUGCGUGGUUUAUUGUCAUUGAAAUAGUAGCAUAUCCGCGAAAUAAACAGAACGACACACGUGUUAAAUAUAUCUAUUUAACAAAUAUUGUAUAUCGUAAAACACUGCUCAAUAUAACGACUCUACAAUAACUAUAAUAAAAGAAUGUUGUUGUUUAUAGAAAAAAAAAAAAGUAUAUUAUGAAAAUAUGGUGAGAAAAUGUGCUCAAAUUGGAUAAUUAUAUAGCUUUGGAGAAACCAACAUGUUGACAAAUAAAACAUACCGUGCAAGUA